AUGUAUUGCUUGCAGUGGCUAAUACCAGUUUUAUUAAUACCAAAACACUGGUUGCAUCCAACAUUUCUUAUCGAUCAAGCAAUUUUUAUGUGCUUUUAUGUUGUCGGCUUUUUUAUGGAAAGGAGGCCAUGCUACAUAUGUUCGUUAAUAUUCUUCACAGCAGUGGGACUUCUUUGUUGGAGCGACAGUGAUUCUUGUAUAUUUUGGCCGUCUUGUAAAACAGUUUUUAACGGAGAAAUGUGUUCAUAUGUAUUUGAGGACAAACGCUGGAUAUCUUAA